AUGUCCUGUCAGAGUCCGCAUUUGAUGUACACGAUACUUGGAGUCGGUGUUCUUCACCUCAAUCGCAUUUCCCCCGGCAACAAAACGCGGCAGUUUGCAGAGACACUUUUCUGGCAGCGCGCUAUUAAGCUAUACCAAGCGGCACUUACCUCCAACGUUACUCCCCAGAAUGUUGAUGCCCUCCUGUCAACAUGCAUGUUCAUGGGACUCACCACUCUCUGUCCCGAAAAUAUCAAGCCAACGGACUCGUGGGUAUUGUCCGAUAAGCCGGACGCAAUGAACUGGCUCUGUUUACAGAGUGGGAUCCGGUGUAUAAUAACCCUCGCUAAGCCGUACCUUGAUUCCACCAUCUGGGCCUCGACAUUCCAGGAAGCCCACGAGGACGAAGUGGCAUUCUUGGAGCACAUAAUUAAGCAAGGGCGGGACGGUCUCGACCCUGAUCUGGCUGACCUCUGUGGGAUUGACGACUCUACCACCGCCAAGACAAAUCCAUACUACGAGCAUCUCCGGUUGUUGACAGGCUUGUUCGAACUAGAAAGAAAUUUCGAAAACUCGGCCAAAUGUACCUCCUUCAUGGGGAAAUUGACGACCGAUUUUCUUGCGCUUUUGAGACGGAGAGAUCCGCCAGCCCUUGUGAUCCUGGCGCAGUGGAUGGGUCUCAUGUGUACCAUGUCCCACUGGCAGCCGUGGAUUUUUGGUCGACUUGUCACUGAAUGCAUCGCUAUUUGCAUGUACCUGGAACAUGAUCCGGAUCCACGGAUAUCGCGUCUUCUGGAGUUUCCAGCUAGCGCCUGUGGGUAUUCGUCUCGGAAUAGUUCAAAGAGCACUUGA